GGUUCAUGAUCACGGACAUCCUGCACGACGCGCCGAGGGACCUUAGCGCGCACAGGGACUCCGACUCCGAUAGAUCUGCGACAGAUUCUCCGGGAGUCAAAGAUGACUCAGAUGACGUAUCAAGCAAGAGCUGCGGAGGCGACUCCUCGGGGCUCGCGAAGAAGCAGAGGAAAGCGAGAACAGCCUUCACGGACCACCAGCUGCAGACCCUGGAGAAGUCCUUCGAGAGGCAGAAAUAUCUCAGCGUCCAGGACAGAAUGGAGUUGGCCGCGAAACUUGGGCUCACGGACACGCAAGUCAAAACGUGGUACCAGAAUAGACGGACGAAAUGGAAGCGGCAAACAGCAGUUGGCUUAGAGCUGCUAGCAGAGGCUGGCAACUACGCGGCCUUCCAGCGGCUAUACGGCGGCUAUUGGGCCGGCGUGCCUGCCUACCCAGCGCAGCCGGCGCCGGCGGCUGCGGAUCUGUACUACAGGCAGGCGGCCGCCAACGCCGCCGCUGCUGCCUCGGCCUCCGCUAACACGUUGCAGAAGCCGCUUCCAUAUAGAUUAUACCCGGGCACGCCUCUAGCCGGCGUCCCGCCUUUAGGUUUGGGAUUGCCGGGCCCAUCAGCGCACAUUGGGGGUCUUGGAGGCCCAGCUCUGGGGGCAUUGGGGUACUACGCACAGGCUCGCCGCACGCCGUCGCCUGACGUAGACCCAGGCAGCCCUGCGCCGCCACCGCGCUCUCCCAGAGAAAACUCCGUCGAGAGACGCUCAGACGACGAAGAAGAUGACGAACCCAUCCAUGUCUAACUCCAGUGACCGUGUGAACGAAACAGACAAUCCGCCGAGCAAGACGCGAUAGAGUGAGACGGUAUAAACUACUCAGUGAUGCUAAAACAUGUGUGCUAAGUGUUAAAACGUGGACAUUCAAAUUGAAACCGUAGCUCCGGUAGUCUAUUGCUCGGGUUUCGAAUUCAGUAUUCAUUCGACAUGCACCGAACAAUCCGCACCGACAACGGACGUUCGUCUGACAUAUUUCCUAUUUGGCAAUGUUCGCGAGUGCUGAGCGACGCUUGUCCAAAAUAUGUGAUAUUAUAAGCCCAGAUUCGAUAAGAUGUAAUGUAUAAAUUGAUGUUGUGUAAUUAUAUCUUAAUAAUAAUAAUUAGAAUACACUUGCUUUAUAAGUUAGUAGGAUUAAUAACCUGGAACGAAUGCAUUCCAUGUUGAUAUUAAUUUUAAAAUAAGUAUUUCUCAUUUUUAUUUGAGAACUGAAAUAGUACCUUUACUAAAUAUUUCUAGCAAUGCAAUCCUAUGCCUUUUAUGAGUUAUUAUAAAUAACAUAAAUUAUUUUUGUUACUCACCUAAAAGUCUAAAAACAUUGAAAAUUGAAAAACCAACAGAAUAUAAGGGUGUUGUAACUCUAUGCUUGUAAAAAUGUCUGAUACUAAAUUAUUACAUAUUUUUCUUCUUAUGCUCGAAUAUUUACCCCUAUUGUUGAUGUUAAUUGAAUGAAUUUGUUUUUAAUAUUAAAGUGUGUCGUAGCGUCACAUUCCAAACCAGAUUUAAUUUUAAAUAACAAUUUACGAUCCUUACCAACGUCAAUAGAUAUUAAUAUGCCCUAAGAUUAGCACAUUAACGAAAUACAUUUGUUUUAAUAAUUAUAUUUGAAUCGCCAGUACUUAAAUAUUUAUUAUUUGUAAACACACGAGAGAUUAACACUAUGUAUAAUAAAAUAUUAUGACAAUGUGAUCAAACCGCUGAAAAAAUAUUCGGCAAUACUUUGUGCAAAGAAACUGUAUAAUAUAUUAUUAAAUUAAUUAGUAAUCAUAACCUGUAGUUAUAACUGUUUUUAUUUACGUUGCUUCACAGUGGCAGACAAACAAUACACUAAUAAUUUAGACAUAUUAAGAAAAUAAAACAACACAACAAACAACUUGUCAACAAAUUGUCUAAAAUGUAGAGUUUUAAUUUUUGUAUGGAGAUUACUUACUUACCAUAAAAUUAUCCAUUGUAAAGUAACGUAAAUAUAAAUAUGUACCUUGCUAGUAUAAAAUACACAACUUGAAGUAUUAAAUGUAUGUAUAGUAAGUACCUAAAUGCUAUAAUAGUUACAAUAGCGAAAUAUGUACUUAAGCAAUUCGAAACGUGGCAUUUUAUGUCAAAUAGAUUUUGUGGUGUUUUUUUAAUUAAAAUGUUGUCAAUUAAA